GGCUUCGGGCUUCGGGCUUCCGGCUUUGAGCUUCGGGCUUCGGAAGGAAGCGGGGUAAGAACUAAGGUUCUGGAAGUGGGGGUGGGAUGGGCGGCCCGGAGGGAGUCGAAGGGAGGCUGUAAUCCGGGACGCUGUUGCCGGGAGACAGCGUGGGACGCCGUUGCCUGGAGACGGCGCUCCGCCCUGUCCGCCCUCCCCCCAACCGGGCCAGCGUCCGGAGGGCAGUGAGAAGGAGCAGGACCGCACCGGGCACCGCCAAAGCCAUGGCCGGACGCCAAAAGGAGAAGGUGAUCCCAGAUGAGGUCCAUCAGAACCAGAUCCUGCGGGAAUUAUACGUCAAAGAGCUUCGAACCCAGAAACUCUACACACAGUAUCACGUGAAUCCCCUCCGCAAGGUUCACACAAUCACCAGAAAGCCCAUGUCUUGGCACGAUAACCUGGAGGAACCUGCAGAUGCCAGGUUUCUAAAUCUUAUCCACCAUGCUGCUCAUGGGCCAAGGAAGAAAUACACAGAGACACGGACUGAAAGCCAGGAAAUCGGAUGGGACUCAGAGCCCUUGGUCAACCCGGAACGUGAUGACCGCAGGCUGAACCACUUCAGGGUCUACAAUGAUAUCACGCUGUACAAGGCUAAAAUGUGGAGCUUGGGAGAAGAUGAUCGCCACAAGUAGUCUUCUAGCGCUGAUGGCGGCCCUGUCUUUAAUACCCAACGUGUGUGCUGCUCGGAUGAAUAAAAAUUACUUUCAAGCCUCA